AUGCCCGCCGCCCUCCCGCAGUGUCUUCCCCAGGAGUGGACAACGUGGACGACGGACGAUGGGGUUGAUGCCUCGACCCGCGCGUACUGGAUGCGGCAGGCAAACCUCGCAUUGCCGAACCCCUGCCCGUUCGCGGCCUUUGGAGCUGUCGUUGUGAACCACACGGCCGGUGGCCUGGGGGAGCUGGUCUGUACUGGCGCGAACAACAACCAGGGCUCAGGCAACCCGACGCUUCAUGGCGAGAUGGUAGCGAUCAACAACUGUUCGGCCAUCUUCACGGAUCCUCAGGGGCGUUACAACAUGACGCCCGCAGAUGCUCUUCUCGCGUUCGGUGAUCUGACGCUCUACACCAACGCCGAGAGCUGCCCCAUGUGUGCGUCGGCAAUCCGCUGGGCUGGGUUCAAAGAGUACGUGUAUGGUACUAGCAUCGAUGCCCUCGUCGACAUGGGCUGGGGUCAGAUCACUGUCUCUUCAAAAGAGAUCUUCAACCAGUCUUCCAGCCUCUCCAGUGAGACCGGCUUCCUUGGCGGUGUCUUGACGAAUGAGACGGACGGGUUCUUCAGCUGGCAGUUCCGUCCAAACGCGACUUGCCCGCAGGGCUGCUCUCGGGCGGCGAGCGGCCGUUGUGCGCCUGCAUGA